AUGCUCUCCGCGCCUCUAGGCGGGCGGCGGCUGCUGCUCGACGGCUUCCCGCGCUCGCGCGACAAUGCGAUCGACUUCGAGGCGCAGUGCGGCCGGCCGGAGCUGGCGCCUGCACCUGCAGCGGGGCGGACACGUGCACCGCAUGCGGCUGUGCGGCGCAUCGCCGUCUACCGCCAGCAGAGCGAGCCUACUCUCGAGUGGCUGCGAGCGAGCCGCGUGCCGAUCGUCGAGCUCGACUCGAGCGGCUCCCGGGAGGAGAUGUGGUCCGGCCUCAAGGCCAUCGGCAGACUGAUGCGCAACAUAGUGAUAUGA